AUGGACCGCUUCUCGACAGCGCUGCAGCGGCCGCCUCACUUUGAUGAGGACGGGAGUAAUGGCGCCGCAGCUGGAGGCGAAGAUCGCGGGCCGCUGCGAGGAGGACUCCGCGACAUCCUAAACCCUGUGAGCUCGGCGUCGCAGGGAGCAUCAGCCUAUGGGCCGCCAACCGCGCCAGGGACAGCACCAACACCUUCACGGCCGCACUCGUCCUUCAAUCUGCGGUCGCCAACGCAUCCCGACCUCCAUCUCGCCCCUCUGCCCUUUGCUGCAUCGCCGCCGCCGUCGAGCGCGGGCAGCAGCAGCCAGCAGCCAGGCAGUCGCUCCAUCAUCAACAAUCCCUUCAUGUCAGCAUCCGCGCCGUCGCUGCCGCCACCACCGCUGCAGGCUCCACCAACCAUCGCAUCGUCAGUAGCAUCGUCUGGAGGCCUGGUGUCAACCUCAUUAAACCUGCAACCGCCGCCGCAAUCGCCAUUGCACGCCCCGUCCGCCUAUUAUUCCACUGACAUGCGCGACCGCGAGCCGUCGCGCGACAAGUUGGCUAGUAAUAGCUUCUACGACCCGACCGCCGACACCAAGGCGGCUAAGGCGGAGCGAGAACGCAGGGUUUCUGACACAGGCUCCUGGCGCAACGCGACGCAGGCUUCGACACCAAAGGCCCGUGACCAUUCGUACAAUUAUUCCCAGACCUCCACCGAGUAUUACAACGGGGCCUAUACCUCGCCCGCGGCAUCGAGUUUUCCGCCACGCAGCCCCAUCACUCAUUCCCAUCCGCCCGCUGCCGGAUCCAUCUCCCCAUCCGCACGGCCGCUCAAGAUGGCUUCGCCCAGCGCCCGGCAUGCACUGAUGCCCAGUCCUGGUGCCAACGGCGCCAAUGGUUCCAUCUCGGCCGCACUGCCGUCCCUCGCGCGGACCGAGUCGCCGGCACCGCCAUCCAGAGCCUCUGCCGGAUCCAGUACUCCAAACCGCACCGCUGGUGUCAUGUCGUUUUCGAAUAUUCUCUCAAGCGCCGAGCCUGCCUCCAAACCGAGAGCGAAGUCGCCCAUCGUUGUCGACUUGGACGACUCUCCCGUCAAAGUCGAAAAACCCGAGCGACCCGAGAGGAUCGAAAAGGCGGAAAAGGUUGAGAAAGAGAAGAAGCAGCCGCGCAGGAGCACCACAAAGCUGCGCAUCCCAGAUUUUAAGACUUCCGGGUCAACACCAAAAGUCUCGAGGAGAGUGUCAUCAAAACACGAUACCCCUACGCUCCGCGUUCCUACCAAGCGGCAGGCCAAUGGCCAUACAAAACACAAGACCUUCUCUGCGGACAAGGAGAAGAAGAUCAGGGAGCUGAUGGAGCAGUUUGAGGCCGAAGACGUCGACGAAGACUCGUUUGAUGAAGAACUACACGUCUGGAAGGCGCGUUCUCUCCGCCGCCGAGCUGAGAUGAAUAACCGUGACCUUAGCCAGCGCCAGCCGAGGCGGGGCGACUUCACCGAAUCCGAGUCUAAGAAGUUGAAGGUGCAUUCCGAUCUUGGUAAGAGGCGGUUCGAUGAUCUCAACUACGACGAGGCUUUGCAAGAGGUCCGCGAGCGCGAACUCUUCGCUGAGAAGGAGCGCAAGAAGGACAUGCAACGCAAGAGGCGCCGCGAGAAGUCGAUGGCCACUACUAUGGAACAGAAGGCCGCAGCUCUUGCUCGAGCAUCGGCUGCCCAGGACGAGUCCGAGAGGCUGAAGUACAUGCGCGAGGCGGAGCGUGCCAACAAAAAGGUCCAACAGACCAAGCUCAUCCUGCAGAAGGGCAUUAAAGGCCCUGCGCGCAAUCUCGGCCCGAUCGAGCCCAAUCUAGAGGGCGGCACCAUGUCAACCUUCCAAGCCGAGAGCACGGAGACGGCCAAGGGCAAGGGCAAAGGCCGCACUGGUAGUAGACUUAAGAAAUCCAAGGAGCAAAAGCAGGCCGAGAAGGAUUCUGCCGAAGCUGCCCAGGCUGCCCUGGAUGCCGGCGAAGAAUUGCCAAGCAAAGAGGAGACCAGCAAGAUCCGCAUCAAGCUUAGCAAGACCAAAGUUCCCAAAGAUGACGGCGAAAAGGACAAGGAGAACAAGGAGCCCAAGGAGCCCAAGGAGAAGGAGAAGGAGAAGGUUGUCGAGGAGCCCAAGGAUCCCCUGGAGCUCAAAUUCCAGUCCAAGGGCUUCAACCAGAUCUACGACCAGAUCUGGCGUGACCUGGCCAGGAAAGAUGUCAACAAGGUGUUCAGAUUGGCGACCGACUCGUACUCGACGAAGACAUCCAACCUCAAGAAAACUGCCAUCCUCGCGUCCAAGGAGGCCAAGAGGUGGCAGCUGAAGACCAACAAAGGCACCAAGGAUCUCCAAGCCCGGGCGAAGCGCGUUAUGCGCGACAUGAUGGGCUUCUGGAAGCGUAACGAGCGCGAAGAGCGUGAUCUCCGCAAGGCGGCUGAAAAGCAGGAACUUGAGAAUGCUCGAAAGGAAGAGGCAGACCGCGAGGCUGCUCGCCAGAAGAGAAAGCUGAAUUUCCUUAUCUCACAGACCGAGCUGUACUCCCAUUUCAUUGGCAAGAAGAUCAAGACCAAUGAGGUGGAGCGCAGCACCGAUCACCCCGAUGAAGUCGCCGCCAACAAGGACACGAUUCCGGAGAACGGGCUUGAUAUUGACGAACCAACUGGGCCCGUUGGUUCCAAAGUCACAAACUUUGAGAACCUUGACUUUGACGCCGACGACGAGUCAACUCUCCAAGCGGCUGCCAUUGCCAAUGCCCAGAAUGCCAUUGCCGAAGCUCAGAAGAAGGCGAGAGAGUUCAACAAGGGCGAGAACGAUAUGGAUGAGGACGGCGAGAUGAACUUCCAGAACCCCACUGGCAUGGGUGACGUCGAGAUUGAGCAGCCUAAGAUGCUUAACUGCCAGCUCAAGGAAUACCAGCUCAAGGGUCUCAACUGGCUGGUUAACUUGUAUGAGCAGGGCAUCAACGGCAUUCUCGCCGAUGAAAUGGGUCUCGGGAAGACUGUCCAGUCCAUCUCCGUCAUGGCGUACCUCGCGGAAAAGUACGACAUUUGGGGGCCUUUCCUCGUUGUUGCGCCAGCGUCCACCUUGCACAAUUGGCAGCAGGAAAUCGCCAAGUUCGUUCCACAGUUUAAGGUGCUCCCAUACUGGGGUACGGCGGGCGAUCGCAAGGUCCUGCGAAAGUUCUGGGAUCGCAAGCACACCACAUACAAGAAGGAAGCCGACUUCCAUGUCAUGGUGACGUCUUACCAGCUUGUCGUUUCCGAUGUUGCCUACUUCCAGAAAAUGAAGUGGCAGUACAUGAUUCUCGACGAAGCCCAGGCCAUCAAGAGCUCCCAGAGCUCGCGGUGGAAGUGCCUGCUGGGCUUCCACUGCCGAAACCGCCUGCUUCUUACCGGAACGCCUAUUCAGAACAACAUGCAGGAACUUUGGGCCCUCCUUCAUUUCAUCAUGCCGUCGUUGUUCGACUCUCAUGACGAGUUCAGCGAGUGGUUCUCCAAGGACAUCGAAUCCCAUGCAACGAGCAAUACCAAGCUCAACGAGGAUCAGCUAAAGCGUCUGCACAUGAUCCUCAAGCCUUUCAUGCUUCGUCGUGUCAAGAAGCACGUUCAGAAAGAACUCGGUGACAAGAUUGAAUUGGAUAUAUUCUGCGAUCUCACGUAUCGCCAGCGGGCCAUGUACGCAAAUUUGCGCAACCAGAUCAGCAUCAUGGAUUUGAUUGAGAAGGCGACGCUGGGAGAUGACGACUCGUCCAGUCUCAUGAACCUUGUCAUGCAGUUCCGUAAAGUUUGCAACCAUCCCGAUUUGUUCGAACGCGCCGACACUGCUUCGCGCUUUUCGUUCAGUUACUUUGCUGAGACGGCCUCGUUUAUACGCGAAGGCACAAACGUCUCCGUCAGUUACUCCUCACGCAACUUGAUCGAGUACGACCUACCAAAACUUGUCUGGAGGGACGGAGGAAGGAUUCAGAAGGCUGGCCCUGACAACUCGAAGGCUGGGUUCCGGAACAAAUACCUGGGCCAGAUGAUGAAUAUAUGGACCCCGGACAACAUCCGCGACAGCUUAGAGGGAAGCGGUAACUUUUCGUGGCUCCGUUUUGCGGACACCAGCCUGCAAGAAGUUCGCCAGGCAGCCCAAAGCGAUAUCUUCACUCGUGCUGUCGGCCUCGCCACAAAGGAAAACCGACUUGGCAACAUGAAUGUGGCCUAUAGCGAGCCGGAGGAUAAGAACUGGACUUCCGCGCAUGCCUUGUUUCAGAUCCGCGAACGACAAGACCGCAAGCCAUUGGCUGAUAUCACCGAACAAGGCGUUUUGGGUAGUCUGAUGAACGUCGCCCGGGCUACGUACGACGAUCUCGGCUUCGGGCGGCUUGAGCAGGCGGGGGCCCCCAGAGCCACGGCCCCGCCCAUUGAUGUCGUCUGUCUUGGCCGUGGAUCGGCGACUGAACGCGAGGACAUCAUGUUCAACAAGCCAAUGCGCAAGACUUUGUUCGGACCCUCGCUCCAAGACGAGAGGGCGCUUGUCACGCAGAAGGUGCCUGUCCAAUGCUACCCAACACCCGCGCUACUACCUGCUCCAGACAACGAGAAGCGGCGAUUCACCAACAUCACUGUUCCUUCUAUGCGCCGUUUCGUCACGGACUCCGGCAAGCUUGCCAAGUUGGACAAGCUCUUAAGGGAGUUGAAGGAAGGCGGUCACCGUGUAUUAUUAUACUUCCAGAUGACGCGCAUGAUAGACCUUAUGGAGGAGUAUCUGACGUAUCGGAAUUACAAGUACUGCCGGCUCGAUGGCUCGACGAAACUGGAAGAUCGACGAGACACGGUGGCAGAUUUCCAGACGAGGCCCGAGAUCUUUAUCUUCCUCCUCUCCACUCGCGCCGGUGGCCUAGGCAUUAACCUCACGUCGGCCGAUACUGUUAUCUUCUACGAUUCGGACUGGAAUCCGACUAUCGACUCGCAAGCCAUGGAUCGCGCCCAUCGUCUCGGCCAGACCAGGCAGGUCACUGUUUACCGCAUGAUCACGCGCGGUACCAUCGAGGAGCGGAUUCGGAAGCGUGCCAUGCAGAAAGAAGAGGUACAGCGUGUCGUCAUCACAGGCGGGUCAUCAGGAUCUGGCGGCGGCGUCGACUUCUCUGGGCGUAGGGCUCCCGAGAACCGCAACCGCGAUAUUGCCAUGUGGCUGGCGGACGACGAGCAGGCGGAGCUCAUCGAACGCCGCGAGAAAGAGCUUCUCGAGAGCGGCGAGUUUGACAAGCUGCAGAAGAAGAAAGGCGGCAAGCGGAAGCGGGUGGCCGAGAGUGGCGCCGAUGUCAGUUUGGACGAGAUGUACCAUGAAGGUGAGUUUCCUAUAUCCACGGCGUUUAUUCGAGUUUCUCCGUGCUGA